AUGUUGGCUCGCCUUUAUGAAUUGAAAGAAGAGAAGUUGUUCAGCAGUAAGUUGAAGCAACCUUCUCUGUUCCUCGUCAUAAAUAAGUUGUGCUUUUUUCGUCUUCUUUUCUUUAGUAACAUCCGUAUCAAGCAUUCGUCAUCCUCUUCGAACAAAAGAAGAGUUAAAACUGUUUCAUCAUCAAUUUCUGAACAAGUUAAAAGAUCGCACUCGACUGACACCGACGACAGUGUUCGACGCGUUCUGUUAAUGACUAGAAAUAACAUAAUUUGGGUAGUACCUGGAUCAAUACUGGGGCCAGCCAAAUGUACCAUUUCUGAGCUAGUGUGUGGAUCUGAGAAAAGCAAUAUUUCUGGGGUAGCCAAUGAUAUGUAA